AUGUAUAAGGCUAAAGACGAAAAAAUUGAACCAGUGCGAAUUACACCCGAAGUUAAACGCAAUCAUAUCCACCUACUUUUACUGACUCAACGGUCCGAUAAUCCUGACGAUGUGAUGGACUCCAAGACUCACUACUGCUGGAUUAAAGACUUGAGUCGCCUGAUUUCAAAUCAAGUUUCGAGUCACCGUGGACGACAUUAUUUCUGUGACCGAUGUUUAAAUUACUUUCAUCGUCUCGCAUUAUUGGAAGAAGAUCGUAUAAAUUGCGGUAAACAAAACGUAUGCGGAAUCGAGAUGCCUGCCGGAGGAGACGAUAUAAUUAAAUUCAGAAAUACCAAGAACCAAUUGAAGGCUCCAUUUGUUAUAUACGCAGAUGUUAAGGCGCUUUUGAAAACACCUACCGAACCGUUCUGCAAGCAAUAUGGUAACAAACCCGUAAAAACUGUUGCAUAUCAAAAACAUGAGGUCUAUAGCAUCGGCUAUUACUUCAAAUGUGAAUUUGAUGACUCAAAACCGUUUUAUAAAUCCUAUCGCGGAAAGGAUUGUAUCGAGUGGUUUGUGAAAGAAUUGCACGACGCAUCAUCAAUUUUCAAUCAAAUUUAUGAUAAUUCGCAACCACUGAGAAUGAGUGCAGAAGACAUAGAAAACUUCGAAAACGCUGUUAUAUGUCAUAUUUGCGGGGAGGGUCUUGCAAUGAGUUACAAGGGACCGGCAGUGCGAGAUCAUUGUCAUUUUACCGGUGAAUACAGAGGUGCUGCACAUCAGUCCUGCAAUUUAGAAUAUCGCGAUAGUCGUACUGUGCCUGUUGUAUUCCACAACUUAUCAAAUUACGAUUCACAUUUCCUUAUACGGGAGCUUGCAGUAGGUUUUCCCGGAGAAUUGAGAGUCAUUUCAAUUAAUAAGGAAAAAUACAUUUCAUUUAUAAAAACUGCUGCCGACAGUUCGAACAAAUUCAACUGCAUGAUCAAGUUCAAAUUUAUCGACAGCUUCCGAUUCAUGGCCUCAUCACUUGAUCGUUUAUCGUCGCUAAUACCAUCGGACAAAAAAACAUUACUUCGAAAUGAGUUCAAAGAUAUAAGUGACGAACAAAUGCAACUCCUGGAAAGAAAAUGGGUUUUCUGUUACGAUUACGUUGAUUCAUGGGAGAGACUUGAAGAGACUGAACUACCCUCAAAAGAAGCAUUCUAUAGCAAACUAACUGAUGAAAAAGUUUCCGAUAAGGAUUAUGCGUUCGCGACUGAAGUUUGGAAUAAAUUCAAUGUGAAAACUCUCGGUGAAUAUGCCGAUUUAUAUCUAAAAGUCGAUGUCUGCCUACUGGCAAUUGUGUUCGAGAACUUCAGAGAAACAUGUCAUCAAAUUUACAAGCUAGACCCGGCCAACUAUUACACAUCACCAGGUUUAUCGUUCGAUGCUAUGCUACGUUAUACAAAAGUGGAAUUGUCACUAUUAACGGAUGUGGAUAUGCUUCUCUUCGUUGAAAGAGGAAUACGUGGUGGAAUCAGCCAAUGUAGCAAACGUCACGUUGAGGCUAAUAAUAAGUAUAUGGAGACAUUCGAUAAAGAAAAAGAGUCUACCCACAUCACCUACAUCAAACGCUCAAAACACUAUACUACGCACUAGUCCAGUAUCAUCUUGAGUACUGCAAUGUUGUAUGGCUACCAACUUAUGCCGUGCAUAUCGACAAAAUUGAGAGCGUUUUGAGAAAAUUUACCCAGUUCGCCCGAAGAGAGUACCGUACAGCGGCCAACGGCUACAGUAUCACCGACUACAACAAACGACUUGAGGCGUUGAACAUGACAUCGUUGGAGCGUAGGAGGGUGAAUGCAUCAAUUGUAUUCAUGUACGACAUCGUGAAUGGGAUCGCAAAUUGUCCCAAUGUACGCAACGACAUCGCAAUAGGAGAGAGCGUACGUAGGUUACGGCACACAGACUACCUCAAGAUUAAAGAUAGGCUCAUGGACAAACAAAUCAGAGCUCAAGUGCCUCAAAUGUGCAAAUUCGCAAACAGAGUGGCUGAUCAAUUCAAUGACUCAACCAGCCGUGCAAACUUCAUCUCGUCGGUACGCAGCGAACAAAGCCAGAAGUUUAAUAUUAAAUAUUGACAAAUUGUUAUCUUACAUCCCUACAAAAUGUAUAGAAAUAAUGAUAUUUAUCUGUGAUUUUUACACAAACUUCAAAAUAAGUAGCAACAUUAACUGUGAUAUAGCCAUCCAUUGAGUUGGUGAUUAACUUUUGACCUACCAUUACUUUAUAAUUGGAACUACCGUUUAUGUAAAUGUAUUUGCAAAUAUUGUAAAUUUGUUCUUAUGUCUUUCGGUCUCUACUAAAUUACAAAUUCAUAACUACCAACAGGGACUUGUUAGAUUAGACGUAAAACUUUUCUUCAAUGUAUCACCUCUGGAUAAAUUGAAUGAUGACUUUUGCAGUCAUUAGGGCCGUCACUACAGUGUUAACGCUUCAGUUAGUCUUUCAUUUUUUACACGUUUAAGUUAGGCUAUAUUGAACCGUUUACAUUUCGGCUACCUAUGCAUUUCCAUGUAUUGGUUGGGUUAUCUUGUGUCAAUGCUUUUAGACCAAAUUAUUAUACCAAUCGAGAAAGACUAUUAUAACUAUUUAUUGUAUAAAAUUACCAUAUAUUGUACAAACACAAAAAGAUCAGGUUUUUCACGACUCUUGGAGUCGUUUUCCUGCAAACCAAAAUAUUCAGCCAGUUUUUGGCGGUGUGAAAUAAAUAAAUAAAAAAUAAAUAAAUAAAAAAUCA